AUGACAGCUUUCAAGAGAUUUCUCAGUACACCAUCGAGUCCGAAGAGGGAUCCACAAGCAAUCAACCCUCACGUAUGUUUUUUUUUUUUUCGUCACCAGUUGAGUUGCCCAUCAAGCAAGGCCAAUUGGCCAGCUGGCUGGCUCGUUACCCAAUGCCUUCUUUCCCCGCCAAGUACUAACGUCCAUUCUCAGACUGUCUUUUAUCGCCAAUUCUCGAAACCGUUCACCAAGAUCUGCUUGCUCUCAGUGGGAUCGUACUACGGCAUGAUAUACCUAUGGGAGUACUUGGAAAGCACGCAAAAACAACCACAAGAACUGAGCUGA